AUGGGAACGAAGAGUGUGGAGAAAGUAAGAGAGCAAGGAAAUAGUGCUGAGUGGGGAGCCGAGGAGAAGCGAAUAGAGAAGGCGAUAAUGCAGACAUAUCUCACUGAGAUGUCGCGGGAUGCACUUCGGAGUGUAAUUAUUCCCUUGAGUACAACUGUGGUGAAAGUUCGACCUGACGAUAUUGCUAGUCAGAUCACUCUCGUUGACAUCCGCUCUUCACAGCAAUUAAUUCGCAGGCAAGAUAAAUGCUUCCACUGUGGUUUAUAUUUGCAAAUGAUUCGCAUUUUGUUAAGUCCUUAUUUUGGUCCAUCAGAACAUGGAAUCUUCGCGAAGUUGCGGUUGUUAUUUGAAAGUGAACACAAUUGGGAACGUUUACGAGAACAUCUAAAUUCAGCUAAAUUCCACCCAGCUUUGGUGUUCACGGUGGCCAUUAGCAUGACUACUUUUGGUAACAGCAAACGGCUUUCCGACGAUAUGUCAUAA